AUGAGAGCACUUGUCCCAGGAUUAGUCCUAGGAUGGUUUUUGUGGCGAGAGGACGUUCCCGCUACUCCGCCGGACUUCGUGCACGCGCCGCGAUCCGUCCUCGGCCCCGGCCGUCCCUUCCUCGGCUCCUUCGUCCCCGGCGCCGCCGGGCUCUUCGACCGCGCCGUGCCGCUCGCCUCGAACCGCGGCCUCCUCCUCGUGCGCUACGUCCCACGCGGCGGCGACCCUCACAUGGACGGCACGGAGCCGACCGUCGACCACCUCGCUGUCUGCAACCUGCUCUCCGGCACGUGCGACCUGCUCCCGCCGCUGCAGUGCGGCCAGUUCUCCAACUACUUCGACACAAGCGCCUACGCCGUUCUAACCGGCGCAGACUGCUGCCCGAGGAGUGGCCAUCCGCCGUGCCCACCGGCGAAGAAACCCCUUUUCACGGUGCUAAUCAUCGGCAUCAGCCGGGACGGCAUGCGGUACGACCUCCACACGUUCUCGUCCGGCGAGCCGAGCUGGAGCGCGCCCACCAAGUGCUUCAACCCGAUAGAGCACCGCAUCUUCGGACCGAUCAUGCAGCGCGACGCCGUCGUGCGCCGCGGCACGGUGCACUGGCUGCUCUGGGACAUGGUCAACUUCCACGCCCUCAACGUGGACGCCAUCACCGGACGCGUCUCCUUGCACAUGCUCCCGGCUCCACGGCCGCAAGACCUCGUCCGCUGCAUGUAUGACAACCCACGGCUGAGCGUUGCCGCUGACGGGACGACGCUAUCGUCCCUUUGUUUGUUCCGGGAAGACCUCACAGUGGAGAUCUGGAUAUGGCGAGAUGACGACGACGACGGACAGAGGGGUCACUGGCGCCGGGAUAGGGUGCUGGAGCUGCGACGGCCCAAGCAGAAGCAGAUCGACGGACCCUUGUGCAUGUGUAUGGGAGAGAGGAGCGGCACGAUGCUCAUCAGGGCCGACGGCCGGUGCAUAUACCUCGCGGAUCUUGAGAGCGGUGUGCUGGAGGAGGUGACCGAUCAGUUCUCUGGCAUUUGCUGA